AUGGAUACAAUAAAGAAAUUAGUUUUUAUUAUUUUAUUGUCAUAUUUUGCAAAAAAAGCUAUAGCUGCGGUUCCAUCUGCUCCGCAGAAGAACUUGACCGAUGAAUUUAUUAAAAAUCUUAGAAAUAGUUUCCCUGAUCUGCAAAAAAAGUUAAACACUCAAAGUACUCCAACAUUGACUGGUGGAUCUACGAAUGAUGGUGCAGCUGGUGCGCUGGCUGCUGGAGUGCUUGCUAAAGCUCUGGGGAGCACUAAAGGAGGAACACCAAAAGCAGAUGACAUUCCUGAGCUAAUAAUAGAAUUUCUGGUAAAAGCUCUUAUAGCGGGAUUAAAAGGAUUACUAACUCCAAUAGCUAUCUUGCUGAUAAUAAUUCUUAAAGUCGUUGAAGUGUUGCUAAACGUAGUGCUAUGGAUAGUAGAAGCGCUGCUGAAGACACUUCUCACUGAAUUAGGCUUGGGAGAAUUAGGAACAUCGCUCGUUAGCACUCUCAAUCAAGUAAAAGAUCUCGUUGAUACUCUGCUAGAUACAGUUGAAGAUUUACUGGAAGAAUUGAGUUACAUAAAAGAGAUCGAAAAAACUACUGGUACCAGAGUAAAGCGUGCCAUCAAAGACAGUGCCCUCGAUUACGCCGGGCGGGGCUCUAAAAAAGUUGGCUCUACUGUCUACAACCAUGUAUUAGAGCCUGUUAUUUCACCCUUUGAACCGAUCCUUUUGCCUUUCAAAAUGAUUUUCAAAUUAUUCCGGCCAAUGCUUAAGCCGAUUUUCAAUUUUUUGAACGACAAACUCUUCACUGAUACGAUUGAUACAGUUGACCCUGCCAGCCGUAGGAGACGUGACACUGCACAAUUCGCCUUGCGACAAAUUUGGAAAGGAGCAAAAGGCGGCGCUAAAGUUGGUAAAUUUGCUGGGUCCACUGCAAUUAGCACUGCUACCCUUCCAGUAACUUUACCGGUUAAAACGGCUCUUUUACCCGUCAAAGUUGGAACUUUUCCUAUCAAAAAGAUUUUGGGUAAACUAUGGAAAAAAUUUAAAGGCUAA